CCUUGCCCUAUAAACCUUGGACCAUAAUCAAAAAUCUAUGGGCCAAUCUAAACACAACAAAUCAACUACACAAGUGUUUCAAUCACCAUAAGCCAAACAGCCCCCACUCACUCUCUUAUAACUCCAGUCACACCCAACUCAUAUUCAUUCAACACUCUUCUUUGUCCAUCAUGGACCAACUCCACUCCUUUCAGAUACAAGUAAGUAACUAAACAAUCAUUCAAUACAAUAUGGAGGAGAUGAAGGAGGACAUCCUAUUCGGGAAGUACGAGAUGGGAAGGGUUUUAGGCAAAGGAACGUUUGCGAAGGUGUACUUCGCGAAGGAAAUCACCUCAGGUGAAGGCGUUGCGAUCAAAGUCAUGAGCAAAGCCCGUAUAAAGAAAGAAGGCAUGAUGGAUCAAAUCAAACGUGAGAUUUCCAUAAUGCGUUUGGUUAGACACCCAAACAUCGUGAACCUCAAGGAAGUCAUGGCCACUAAAACCAAAAUCUUCUUCAUCAUGGAGUACAUACGUGGCGGCGAGCUAUUCGCCAAGGUGGCAAAGGGGAAAUUGAAAGAAGAUCUCGCCCGUAGAUACUUCCAGCAGUUAAUCAGCGCCGUCGAUUACUGCCACAGCAGAGGUGUGUCCCACCGUGAUCUGAAGCCAGAGAAUCUACUUCUUGAUGAGAAUGAAAAUCUGAAGGUGUCAGAUUUUGGUCUAUCCGCCCUGCCGGAACAACUCCGGCAGGACGGGCUACUCCACACCCAGUGUGGAACUCCGGCGUACGUCGCGCCGGAGGUCCUAAGGAAAAAAGGAUAUGAUGGAUUCAAAACUGAUACCUGGUCUUGUGGUGUUAUUCUCUAUGCUCUUCUUGCAGGGUGUCUUCCUUUCCAGCAUGAGAAUCUCAUGACCAUGUACAACAAGGUUCUCAGAGCAGAGUUUCAGUUUCCGCCAUGGUUUUCCCCUGAAUCGAAGAAGCUAAUCUCGAAGAUCCUCGUCGCGGAUCCGAAUCGACGAAUCACGAUCUCUUCAAUCAUGCGCGUCUCGUGGUUCCAGAAAGGAUUCUCAGCCUCAAUUCCAAUUCCAGAUCCCGAUGAGUCCAAUUUCAAUUCCGAUUUGAAUUCCAGUUCUGAACAAUCGACCAAGGUUGUGGCUGCUGCGAAAUUCAUCAACGCGUUCGAGUUCAUUUCAUCGAUGUCUUCUGGUUUCGAUCUCUCAGGGUUUUUCGAGGAGAAGAGGAGAGGCGGUUCGGUGUUCACGUCCAAGUGUUCGGUUUCGGAGAUCGCGUCGAAGAUCGAAGGCGCGGCGAAGGGGUUGAGGUUUCGGGUGGCGAAGGUUAAGGAUUUCAAGCUGAGACUGCAGGGGAUGACGGAGGGGAGGAAGGGGAAGCUGGCCGUGACGGCAGAGAUUUUAACGGUGGCGCCGGAGCUUGCGGUGGUGGAGUUUUCGAAGUCCGCCGGCGAUACCCUGGAAUAUGUCAAGUUUUGCGAGGAGGAUGUGAGGCCAGCGCUGAAAGACAUUGUUUGGACGUGGCAGGGUGAGUAAUGCGUGCCACGUGUAAUGGUGACGUGGGCCCAGUCAUGUGGAGAUGGAAGGUUUCGUAAAAUUGAAGUGACAAUGGUAUAUAUGAGUGAUAUUAAAGUAGAGUUAGGUGCUUCUACUUAAGGUAGAGUUAGGUGCUUCUACUUAAGGUACUAACAAAUUUUCUCUUUGGUUUUGAUUUUUAGUCUUUAUUCCAUGGGUUGAACUUCACAUGGAUAGUAUUUAGGUGACGCUGGACAUAAAUUGUCACUACAUAGUACAUAGGUUAAAUUUUAAUUGUUGUUCAGUGUUAUUAUAGCAUAAAUUUUGCAUAUUUUUGUUUAAACUUUUUCAUGUUGAUGUAGAUAUGAGAGGAUCUUUAGAUCUUUAUUAGUUUAACAUGUAAAUGGAUUUGUCCAAUUUUAAAAGUGGGCUUUUCACAUCUAUAUAUUUCAUCAAUCUUUUGAUGUGAUUUUUUUAGUUCUA